AUGGCUUCAAGGACCUCUCCGUUCAAUCUGGCCACAUGCGCCCGUCCCAACAUUUUGAAACUGCAGCCCUACCGGUGCGCAAGAGAUGACUACAAAGACGACGGCACAAACGUGCUUCUCGACGCCAAUGAGAAUGCCUACGGUCCAGGACUGGCAUUGAACACGGAAGGCACAUUGCAAGCGUCCCAGACAGGCAAUGCGACAAGUGCUUCAAAGCCCGAGAUUGACUUUUUGGGCUUGAACCGAUACCCCGACCCUCACCAGAUUGAACUUAAGCAGCUCUUCUGCAACCUCCGUAAUACUCACCACCACACACCCAAGACCUUACAACCCGAGAAUCUCUUCGUCGGCGUCGGAUCGGACGAGGCGAUCGAUGCGCUUCUCCGAUGCUUCUGCGCUCCCGGCAAGGACAAGAUCCUGACAUGCCCUCCGACCUACGGAAUGUAUAGCGUGAGCGCACAGAUCAAUGACAUCGAUAUCGUCAAGGUGCCGCUGGAUGUCAAUAACGGGUUCCACCUGCAGCCGGAGAAGGUCAACGAGGCCCUGUCCGCAGACUCUUCUAUUAAGCUGGCAUACAUCUGCUCGCCGGGUAACCCGACCGCCAAUCUGAUCCGCAAGGAGGAUAUCCGCAAGGUUCUGGAGCACCCGACGUGGAACGGAGUGGUCAUCGUGGAUGAGGCAUACAUCGACUUCGCCGAAGAGGGCUCCAGCUUGGCCGAAUGGGUGAACGAGUGGCCCAACCUGGUUGUGAUGCAGACGCUGAGCAAGGCGUUCGGUCUCGCGGGUAUCCGUCUGGGCGUGGCCUACAGCAGCCCCGAGAUCACGCAGCUGCUGAACAGCCUGAAGGCCCCCUACAACAUUUCCAGCCCAACGAGUGCCCUGGCAUCCGCCGCGCUAACGGGUCCCAACAUGGCCGUCAUGCGCAGUUACCGCGAGCAGAUCGUCGCCCAGCGAGACCGGCUGCUACGUGAACUACCGCAGAUCCCCGGCGUAGGCCAGUUCCUGGGUGGCCAUGACGCGAACUUCCUGCUGGUGCAGAUUACCGAUGCAGAGGGCCGCCCGAGCAACGUCACCGCGUUGGCGGCCUACGAGGCGAUGGCGGAGAAGCGCGGGGUGGUGGUACGGUUCCGAGGCAAGGAACACGGGUGUGAGGGAUGUCUGCGCAUCACCGUCGGCACGGAGGCAGAGGUGACCAAGUUCCUGCAGGAGCUACGGACGGUACUGGCCGGGCUGCACGCCGGAGUCGGCAUCCAGUCACUUCGGGAUGAGGCGAAACGAGAGGAGGCUGCGGCUGCGGUGGUUGGGUAA